CAGAAAAUUAUACCCUCUCUCUCUCUCACACACACCCACACACCGCACUCCUCUCUCCCACAAAAACAAAACCCUAUUUUCUGUCAAUUCCGUUCCCAAAACACACACACUCACACACACAGCAACAACACUCCCUCUGUUCUUCGUUUCAUCUUAUUCUUCUUCAUUCUGCUUCCUUCCAUUCUCAUUCGCACUAUCUCCCACGCACAAAAAUCUCUUGUUCUUUUUUUCUUUCUUCACUCCGAAACGCAUUCUCCUAAUCGGCGACACCGCUUUGGCUAGGUUGGGCGGUUACCGAAACGGUUGCGUUUCGUAUCCUCACCAAUCACUGCCUCCACCUCCUUCAACUCUAGGGUUAGUUUCUCUUUCUGCCUCUCUCUUAUUAUUUUUUCCCUCUUUCUCCUCACACGCCUCUUCUGUUUCUAAUUUUCACCCUAAUUUUCACGACUCUAUCUAACCCUAGGUUCUUUCGUAUCUGUUAGGGUUUCUGUAUUUCCUAACGGUUUUUUUAAUCUCUACGUUCUGCGCUCAACACAAUAGGGAUAUUGCGUUCUCUUCAAUUGCUGAUUUCUGGAGUUCCAUUGUUGCUAUAACCGUGCCUGUUCUGGUGCGGGGAUCGGUUUCUGCCAUUUGGAGGUGAGGGCCUCUAUUAGAGUUUCGUACUGAAUGCGAAUCCAUCUUUUUUGCAUGAAGAUGGAGGCGUAGAGAACCCUUAUUUCCCAUUCACAGCAUUGUCUUGGUUUUUUUUUUUUUUACAAGUCAUUGGGGGAAUUGCUUCUACCCCCUCUGUUUUGACGCCUUGUUUGAUUGCGGAAUAUAUGAGAUAGUUUAGCAUUGGAUUGUAGUUUCUAUAUAGUGAUAGAAGACCAUUAGAUUUGUGGGGUUGUUGCUACUGUGAGGAUAAGCUCUCGGUUUAUCGUCAGCUGGAUGGUACUUCUGAUUUGUGGAUUAAUCUAAUUUCAUGGUGGUAUUGUUGCCAUUGGCAUUUGGAAUUGUGUCGUUUCGGUACUGAAGAAGGUUAUUUCUUAAUUAGUCUUGGCAUUUAGAGGGAAGAAAGAUGAGUUGCUAGAGUUAGAUUCGGAAGUUUCAUAGUCAAGUAUAAGUCUUUUUGUUUAAGGGGUAGGGGUGGUGAAGAAGGUGCUCGCGCAAUUGAGUUAGUUCUGAUCAUGUUCAGUGUUCGUUAUGGAAAAAAGUGAACCUGCGUUAGUUCCAGAAUGGUUGAGAAGUGCUGGAAGUGUUGCCGGGGCUGGCAGUUCAGCCCACCAUCCAUCUACUCAUACAGAUGCUAACAAUCACACAAGGAAUAGAUCUAUUAAGGCCACAAAUGAUUUUGAUGGUCCUCGCUCUGGGUAUCUUGAACGGACAUCAUCAUCUAAUUCUCGGAGGAAUUCUAUUAAUGGUUCUGCCAAGCAUGCCUACAGUAGUUUCAACAGAGGUCAUCGGGAUAAGGAUCGUGACAGAGACAAAGAUAGAUCCAGUUAUGGGGACCACUGGGAUCGUGACUGUUCUGAUCCAUUGGCCAACCUCUUUCCUGGAAGGACGGAGAGGGAUGCUUUGCGGCGUUCCCAUUCGAUGGUUUCCAAGAAACAUAGUGACCUUUUGCCCCACAGACUUGCAGUAGAUACAAAAUCUGGUGGCAAUAGCAACCCUAACAAUAGCAAUGGUAUACUUUCUGGGAGUAGUAUUCAGAAAGCUGUGUUUGAUAAGGAUUUUCCGUCACUUGGAGCUGAAGAGAAGCAGGGAAUAACUGAAAUUGCAAGAGUAUCAUCUCCUGGUUUGGGUGCCACUGCUAGUCAGAGUCUACCUGUUGGCAGCUCAGCUUUGAUUGGUGGUGAAGGAUGGACAUCUGCACUCGCAGAGGUACCUGCUAUAAUUGGAAGCACACCUGCUGGGUCUCUAUCAGUGCAACAAACAGUUACUCCAACUUCUGGAUCUAUAACUUCAACGGCAAAUACGUCAGCUGUUGGUCUUAACAUGGCCGAAGCUUUGGCACAGACACCAUCCCGAGCUCGUUCUACUCCCCAGGUGUCAGUCAAAACCCAGAGACUUGAAGAGCUGGCUAUCAAGCAGUCUAGGCAAUUGAUUCCAGUGACACCAUCAAUGCCUAAGGCUUUGGUUAACAAUUCUUCUGACAAGUCAAAGCCCAAAGCAACAGUAAGAAAUGCUGAUAUGAGUAUUGCUGCCAAAAGUGUGCCACAGCAACCCUCUGUGUUGCACAUUGCUAAUCAAUCUGUUCGCAAUGUAAAUGCCAAAGGUGAUGCUCCAAAGACAUCUGGAAAGUUUACUGAUCUGAAAUCAGUGGUUAAGCCAGUUGUCUAUGAAAAUGGUAUUUCCCCUCAUCUCAAGGAUCCACCAACUCCAACAAAUUAUUCUAACAGCAGACCUGGAAAUCAACUUGCUGUUGCUUCAGCAGGUGCCUCAACACCUUUGAGGAAUCCCAAUAAUGUUAAAUCCCCGACCGAGCGGAGGGCACCUUCUUUGGAUGUUAAAUUAGGUUCCACUAUGGAUAAGAAACACUUGAUGUCUCAACUCCAGAGCCGAAAUGAUUUCUUCAAUAACAUCAAGAAGAAGACAAUGAUGAACACCUCCACAGCUCUUCCAGAUUCAAGCACAGUGAUUUCACCACCCACGGUGGAAAAAUCUGAUGACAUAGAUGGGGGAGCCAGUGGCCUUCAAGCAGGUACUCAAGAUCUUGAGAACAAUGCUGAAAUUACCAGCAAUGGUAAUGCUCAUGGAGAUGUUCACAGAGUUGCUGAUAAUGAAGAAAAAGAUGCAAUUCCUGAUGAGGAAGAGGCAGCAUUCCUUCGUUCUCUUGGCUGGGAGGAGAAUUCUGGUGAGGAUGAGGGACUCACAGAAGAGGAGAUCAAUGCCUUCUAUCAGGAAUGCAUGAAGUUGGGCACCACUACAUUAAAGCUAUGCCAGGGAAUGCAGCCAAAGUUGUCCAAGUUGCUUGAAUCAUAUGCUACUAACAUGAAUGGUGCUUCUGCUGACUCCGGAUCUGAAGCUUGAUAUUGUUUUAUCAUGGACAGAUCAAAGUUUCAAUUUUUGAUGGCAGAUGGCUAGUAACAUUCUUCCCUUUUGAUUUUAAAGGCAGAAAAUUUGAGAGUGAAAGGUGGGUUUUGAUUGGAGACCCUGCAUUUUGCAAAUAUUGCAAUAAGUCACAGGUGCCUCAAUCCUGCCUGCUUAACAGGGUUUUUCUUUUUUUGGGUUAAAAGUUAUAGGUUGGUUGGGUAGGAUAGGGUAGGGGCCAUUUUGUCUGCAGUGGAAGGUGCUAGGCAAUUGCAUCUUUUGGGGUAUUUUGAUCCGUUUUUCUUUCAAGAGGGUUUGAUUCUACAUGAUAAAAAGUUUAUGAUGUUUUUGGUCAAUUUUACGGAAAAAAAAGGAAAAAAUCAAAAGUUGACUUUAAAUUUUAGAGUAUGUUGAUAUGAUUAUAUUCUUGGGAAGUCUGGCUUUUCGUCAGGGGAAGUAACCGGUUGUUUUCCACUGUCAAAGAUCACGUCAAUACAGGAAUUCGCUUUGUAAAUCCGUUCUCAAUUGAAUACUAUUUUCUAAUAUUUCAA